AUGAAUACUAAUGAGAGGUUGGGUAAGAUGGCUCUUGCCAUUACACAACUUGCAUAUGUAGUGAACAAACUUGUCCUAAAUGAGGGAGGAUUAACAAAUCUUGUACCCAUACCUCCAUGUAAGACCAUGACUACUACAAAACGAAACAAAACAAGCUAUGUGCUGUCCAAACGUGACUGUCAUGAGGGAGUUCAGAUUAGGAGAGGAUCUAGGCAUUUGAUUUUGAAAAAAACUAAGGAGGAACAAGACCCACAGCACAACAAAGCAUUAAAAAAACUAGAGGGCAAAACAGUAGACCUUGAAUUGACUAAGCCUACGAAUAUUGAUGAUAUUGAGAUGAAUAAAUUGUGCUGUAAUAACAAUGAUUUUCAAUUCAUGAAUAACAAGAAAGCAAGCUGUGCCUUGAAUAAGAGUGAAUGUUACAAAGAAAUUCAGAAGGAGAAGGACACUGUGCAACUAUUCACUAAAGAAAUCAGUGAAGAUCAAACCCAACAGCAAAGCAAAGCUUUGAAAUCAGUAGAGGAUGAAGCAUUAGACACUGAACUAAUCAAAACCAUACCUGUUAAUAACAUUGAAAACAACAAACUGCAUCAGGAAAACCUAUAUGCAUACUGUGAUCAAGUCCAAACCAUACAUAUUGAUGAUAUUGAGUUAAACAACCUGCAUUUGCAAGCUUCAUCUUCAUGCUGUGAGCUGAAUGGGUUUUAUUUCAUAGAAGAUGAGAUUACUAACUUUUCUUAUGAUUGUAGGUACCAUACAAACAGUGAACAAAGGACUGAAGGGCAGCUACAAACACAAAAGGAAUUCAGACAUGAGGAGCUGCAGGAAGGGCCUUUGUUAAGGAAGCAUUUGAAACUACUGCACAGCUAUGGGAUCUCAACGACUUUCAACUUGGAUGAUUCAAAAAAGCAUGAGAGCAACGCAGAAUUGAGGACAAUUCUGUUUAAAGAAGGAGGGAUUGAUGCAAUUAUUGAUAGCCCACAAUCCAAAGCAAAGGAAGAAAAGCAUAAUUGCAUCAUUGCACUUGCAAAGCCCAUUGAACCUAUUGAACUUGCUGAUUUUUGCUUGAAGACUAAGGAGGAUCAUUUUCAAAUUGGAUUAAACAACAACAUGGAAGCAUGGCAAGAUUAUGAGGCACCAAAAGAAGAGCUCCCAGCAGCACACAAACAAAACAGUAGCAUACAAAGAAACAUGCCAGCAACAAAACAAGUAGAGUAUCAAUCUUCUGGACAGCCUUCCUUGCGAACCAUGGAACGCCCAACUUGGUGCACGUAUGAGCGAGGAAACCCAAGGGUUGUCAUCUUUGGACAUGGAAUAUUAAGCCAAGACUUAGAGCUAGCACGGAGUGUCCUCACAGAAUCCACAAGAGCAGCGCCAAGGUCACGUGUUCGCCAGCUGUUUGAUAGUGGCUGAUUUCAGAACACCAACCUGACGACCAGCCCACCUUGCGAGCAUUGGAACGUUUAGCUUGGUGUGUGUAUGAGCGUGGGACUUCGAGGAACAACAUCUCUAGACAUGGGAGAAGAGGUCAAGACUCAAGGAACACACAGAGAGUCCUCACAAAGCCCAUGGGAACAGCUGCAAAGUCCCAUACCCAACAGUUUCUAGACAAAGGCUAUAUCAGAAUACUUAGAAUAUUUUUGAUGUUUCUGUUUUGAUUCUUAAUAUGCACGUGUUUGUAAUAAUAGGCACGGGGUAGUUAAAGGUUGUUAAAACCCCCAACUAGCCGUUAGACAUUGCUCUAUAUAAAGGGCAUGAUCAUUGUAAACAAAUUCAGAUUUGGUUAUGAAAAUUUCUUCAAAGUAAUUGUUGUUUCAAUUACAUCUCUGAGUGUGUUCUUUGUGAGUGAAGCAAAGAGUCAUUCAGUUUGUCCCACGAGGAUUAGGAGAGUGAAUUCUAAUCUAAGUGUGAGGACGAGGCCAAGGACUGAGUGAAGGUCCAUUUGUCUCCAUCCACGACAAAGAACCAUCCCCAAAGAUUGUUCUUGUCACCCUACUGUUUUCAUACAAAACAGAAGGUUUAUUGUUCAUUGUGUACGUUUAGUGUGUUCUUGAUCAUCUUCUUGAAGGCAUAUAGAGGGUUCUUGGAUCAUUCCACUCCGUACAUGCAUCAACUUGGUAUCAGACCCGCGUUUCGAAGAGGGACAUGAUCAAAAGGAACAAGGGAAAUCAAGUAAUCAAGGUCAUACACACGUCUGGUAAGAAGGAAUCUGGAAAAAAAAAGGUACUGUGCAAAUUUUUUCAAUUUUCACGAAAUCAGGUACGAAUUCAAUCUUAUACUUCUAUCAUUCAAUCUUUCUUUGUUUAAUACUCAUUUGUGAUUAAGUAAUACACAUUAUAUUGAUCAUUAAACGCAAUUUGAUUGUGGAAUGCAAUUUCUGAAAUUCUGAUUUUUGUAUGAAUGAAUGUGCAUCACUUGAUUUCUGAAAAAUUUGUUUUGAAUCAUUAUACAUAUCAUAUAUUGUUCAUUAAAUUUGAUUCUUGAAUGUCUGGAGUGGAUACUUGUUGAAGAUUUGGCGACAUUGAUGAUUUGAAUACUCGAACAUUGGGUUUUCGCUGAGGAAAUUGAUAAAUUCGAUUUUUAUUUCUGUAAUUUGAUUCUCUGAUUACUGAGGAAGUAAUAGCUGGUAGGAAUUAGAUACAUUUGUGUAUGAAUCAUUGAAUAACAUUUUCGUUUGAGGAAGAUUGACAAUAACCAAUUGAUUCACGAAAUUUGUUUUGAGAAAUUAGGGCUUGGUAUUGUGCAGCUGAAAUUUUUACUCCUUGAUUGUUGCAAUUGAUUCUCUAUAAUUAAUUGAAUGCAUUAGAUUGUUUGAUUACUGUCCUUGCAUUGUAUAACACCACACUACAAUCUUGAAUAAUCAUUGCCUAAAGAAAUUCAGAAAGCAAAAGAUUGAAGAACAAAAAAAAAAACCAGUCAUCCAUUUUCGUUCAACCAUAAUUCUUUGAACAUUGAUUUGUUUGAAACAAAUUUAUUCUACGUACUAUAUAUUUGGUUAAAAUUGAUCAUAAACAGAAGAUUUUGGUGCAACAAUUCCAAAAUCCAAGCAUUCCUUGCUGAUUUACACUACUGGCAGAAGGUACCAUACAAACAGUGAACAAAGGACUGAAGGGCAGCUACAAACACAAAAGGAAUUCAGACAUGAGGAGCUGCAGGAAGGGCCUUUGUUAAGGAAGCA